AUGAGUAGUUUGUCAACAGACUCGUCAACCAUUCUAGCAGAUCAACAUGCAUCUGAAGUUCUUCGGCUAUUCCGCGCAAAACAUGAAGCUUUCUACAUAAAUGGUGUGGAAAGUGCAGUCCGGCAUUUAGCCUCUCAAACGGCCAUUGUAGAGGAAAGAUGCUCACCCACUACAGUGGCGCCGUUCCUCGAAAUCCUGGUUGGGGCAAAGAAGGUCAGAAACAAGGGCGUCGACAGUUUUGACAUCUGGAAGGCAGUGAACACAUACUUUGGGAAUAGCAAUACCAAGAUCAUCUUCCCCUUCCUGUCACUCCCCUUUGAACUCCGCCUGAUUAUCUACGACAACUACUUCGAGCUCGAGACAACCAACGCCAGCAAAAAGCUGAUAGAUCAUGUAGUUCCCCGUGGCGAAAACAGACUUUCUCUAAUGAGUGUCAACCAUCAGAUCUAUUUCGAAGCUCGCAAGGUUCUCUAUACGAACUUCGCGUUCGGGCUGAAGAGCGUGCCUCAUCUGCGACAGUUCUUUAACAGUCUUAGAGGCUAUAGCUACCAGAUUAUCCGCAAGUUGCAGGUUGAAGAUAUUUCCGCUGAGCAUGUGAAUACACUUGCGCAAGUACUAUCUGGCCAUGGGUUGUCGGGCGUCCGAUCUCUGAAGCUGAUAGCAACGUCGCGUUAUAUGGGUCCAGCGUCUCUGAGGGCCCAAGUCGGAAGAUCUAGGAAACGUCCAGUAUACCCAGUAUUUAAAAAGAAGUUGCGUAUAGCGGUGGACAAGUUGUUUUAUCGCAGUGGCGUUUCUGUUCCUAAGCCGCCAACACUUAUCUUGGUUGAUUUCCUUAAGGAUCCGAGAUGGGAUGUCGGAUUUCCUAAGUUUUGGGCAGUCACGGUUACUUGGAAGGAGUAGUCGGUAGCACUGGAG